CCGUUGAGCCGUAAUGGCGUCAGUGGCGCAGCAAGAUAGCUGGCGGUAAUAGAAAGCUUAAGGGACGAGGGCGGGGGCGGACUCACGGAGACGGUUUCCGGGUUUCCCUUCCUGGGCUGGGACAGCGGCAAUAGGCAGAAGCUCCAGUUGAUUAACAAUAAUUCAAAGUUACGCUCAGCAGGCUCGUCAGCCAUCCAGUAAACCGCAGCGAUGUCUCAGUCUGGAGAGAAAGGAAAGUUCCCAGAUGCAGCAGGUUAUGUAGGUUUUGCCAACCUCCCAAACCAAGUGCACCGAAAAUCAGUGAAAAAAGGGUUUGAAUUUACCCUUAUGGUUGUUGGGGAGUCUGGCUUGGGCAAAUCGACACUUAUAAACAGCCUGUUUCUCACUGAUCUCUACCCUGAACGCUACAUCCCUGGUGCCGCAGAGAAGAUUGAGAGGACGGUGCAGAUUGAGGCAUCAACUGUAGAGAUCGAGGAGAGAGGAGUAAAGCUUCGCCUCACCGUGGUUGACACCCCUGGAUACGGCGAUGCCAUCAAUAGCCAGGACUGCUUCAAGACCAUCAUCCAAUACAUUGACAAUCAGUUUGAGCGAUACCUCCAUGAUGAGAGCGGGCUGAACCGAAGACACAUUGUGGACAACAGGGUGCACUGCUGCUUCUACUUCAUAUCUCCAUUUGGACACGGUCUAAAGCCUUUGGACGUGGAGUUCAUGAAGGCCAUCCACAGCAAAGUCAACAUAGUCCCAGUCAUUGCCAAGGCUGACACACUGACACUGAGGGAGAGGGAUCGCCUGAAGAGAGGGUGAAUCCUGGAUGAGAUCGCAGAGCAUGGGAUCAGAAUUUAUCAGCUACCAGACGCCGACUCUGACGAGGACGAGGAGUUCAAGGAGCAGACCAGAGUCCUGAAGGCGAGCAUUCCCUUUGCUGUCAUUGGUUCCAACCAGCUGAUUGAGGUGAAGGGGAAGAAGAUCCGUGGUCGUCUCUACCCCUGGGGAGUUGUUGAAGUGGAGAACCCUGAGCACAAUGACUUCCUCAAACUACGCACCAUGCUUGUGACCCACAUGCAAGACCUCCAGGAGGUAACUCAAGAUCUGCAUUAUGAGAACUUCCGUUCAGAGAGGCUGAAGAGAGUGGGCAGGGAUGCGGAUGAGGAUGUGAUGGACAAGGACCAGAUCCUGCUACAGAAAGAGGCCGAGCUGAGACGCAUGCAGCAGAUGAUCGCUCAGAUGCAAGCACAGAUGAAGAUUAAAUCAGACGAAUGAAAGAGUCAGAGCAGAAGGGAAACACGGUGAUACCAACCCCCUCAACACACACACACACACACACACACACACACACACACACACACACACACACACACACACACACACACACACACACACACACACCUGGUUUCUUCAAAAUCAAUCACUGCCUGCUGGCAUGCUGCAGGUCCACCAGGAGUCAAGGGAUCCAGGAUCAAAUCAUCUUUAUGUGCACACCACUUCUUCUUCCCUCCAAACAUCCAUCCAUCAGCUGUUCAAAGGCUUCUUGAACGUCUUAUCAAGACUCCAGUUACAAUCCACAUAUAGACUUACUGAUUAUCUUACUUUUUGUCUUAAGUUACAAAUUUGCCAAGUUGGACUAGGAAAAUAAAAAAAUAAAUAAAGUGACAACAAUGUUUUGACACUGGAUGACUAUCAUAGACAUAUCCAUUUUUUGGUCUUUGAUCUUAAUUAUGACUCCACAGAGCUACCAGUGAUAAUGGUACUAAGAGGUUUUGCAAUCACACUAUCCUAGUUACAAAAAUAUAUGUAUGAAUUAUGCAUUUUGCAAGUACAAGUUUCAGACGGCACAAUUUUUCAUUUAUAUUGCUCUCAGGUUCAGAUUGGUUUUGAUCGUGUUUUAAUUAACAUGUUUUCUGUUAAAUUAUGAGUAACCCAUCACCUUUACCUCUGCAUGGUUUCAGACCUUCAGUGCGUUAGUCUAAUACUGCAAUAACUAUAAAUAUUGCUAGUAGUGCUUGAGAAUGAUGUAAACUGUCCAUGCAGAGAACGAGGAAUGCUUUGUCCCUAAUUGUGUUAAACUGGAAACCUUAUUUGGUAGUCAACACUACAAACUUAAUUCUAUGCAUUUUAUUAGGCCUUUAAGCUGAAAAGCUACUAUGCAAGUAGUCAAUACUACUUUGUUAUAAAAAAGACAACCAGCCUUUAGGAUCAUGUUCUAGUUGAAUAAAAGUGCCAUCUUGUUAAUAUUUUCUUGUUAACAUUUUCUGUAUUCAUCAUCAAGAGCUGCAUGAUCUCAAUGUCAGUGCCAGUUUUCAGUCCAAUCACUUAAUGUGUCCAUAUUUGUUUCAGUGAUGUCAUUUAAAGCUACAGUUGGCAACUUUGAUAAAAAAAAAAAUUAUAUUUGCUUACACAAAUCAGAUCAUCCAUGGAAAAAAAUCCACCUCCCUCUGCCUCCUCCUGGUGUUCCUAAUGGCAUUAGGAAAACAACCAAACUUUCUCAUGUUUCAGCUAAACUGCACACUAAAAUAUCUUUCAGAAAGAAUUUGAGGCGAGAAAUAGGCAAUGCACUAGCAGAAUAUUGAUUCCUAUUCAAUCAGUUUGACUGCAGUUCAUGAGCAAUCAUUGACACUGCGUAGAGAUUCCUCAGCUUUGAUUGGUAGUUAAUCUUGGAAACUUAGGAAUGCAGAGGAACAUGAUUUUUUUUCACAGAUUACCUGCGUAAUGUGCUACUGUUUUCAGCAAAUAUGACAAAAAGUUGUAACAAACCUUUAAAUGUGUGGAACCGUCUAACUACAUGUACAGCCUUUCAUAAUACUGUAUUCAGGCCCAGGAAUACUAUAUAUUUAACUGUUAUAGGUAUAAGCGCCCUCCACCCUUCUGUUUAGCAUUGCUGUCAUUGAUGUGUUGUUGGCAAUAUCUUAGGUUUUUCUAUAUUUAGCUCUUGUAUGCAGAUCUGUCUUUUGAACUUAUUAAGACACACAUUUUUAUUAUUUCUUAACCAUAUGUCAGUAAAGACUUCUUUUAAGGCGUAAA